AGGGUGUUUAUUGAAAUAUACUAUUUUUUUUUUUUACUCCUCCUCAUCUUUGUUGAACCAGCUAGAAUUCAAACUUUAAUUAAUUAGUUAAAAAAUGUAGCUUCUUUUUAUACUCAAGCUUUGAAGUUAUGUCAUAGGUAUCACUCAAAUAAAUACUAGUAAUAGAUUUUUUCUUUCUCCUCCUACUUCUUUAACAUGUUUUCAUUCAUCUAUAAAAAUAUUAUAUUUUGUACAUCUAUUCUGGUUCUAGUUAUAAGUAAUGGCAGUGUUGGAGGGAAUAUGCAGUUAGUUGGAGAAACAAAAUUAAAGGUCAUACAAACAAAAAUGGCAGGUCAUCCAUGCUCCUCUAACCCACCAAUUUUGAACUCCUUUGCUGGAGCUGGUCAUGUUGACAAAAUUGGUGGCCUUAAUGCUUAUCUCACCGGUUCUCCUCAUUCCACCCGAGCCAUUCUUUUCGUCUCUGAUAUUUAUGGAUAUGAAGCACCAAUUAUAAGAAAGUUUGCAGACAAGGUUGCAGCAGCUGGAUAUUAUGUGGUAGUUCCUGACUACUUCAAUGGUGAUCCCUUUGAUCCUGACCAUGUUGACAGGCCUUUACCUAUUUGGAUGGAAGACCAUAGACCGGAGAAAGGUUUUGAAGCUUCAAAACCAAUAAUUGAGGCCUUAAAAAGUAAAGGUAUUUCUGCUAUUGGAGCUGCUGGUUAUUGUUGGGGUGCUAAGACUGUGUGUGGACUUGCAAAAUUCAAACUCAUUCAAACUGUUGUGUUAGCACAUCCAUCAUCUAUCACAGUAGAGGACAUCGACGAUAUUAAUAUUCCAAUUGCUAUACUUGGAGCUGGGGAUGACACAAUUACUCCUCCAGAAGUCAUAAAACAAUUUGAACGAGUCUUGGUUGCUAAACCUGGAGUUGAUAGUUUUGUAAAAAUAUUUCCUAAUGUCUCGCAUGGUUGGACUCUGAGGUAUGACACUGAAGAUCCAGAAGCUGUGAAGGCUGCAGAGGAGGCUCAUCAAAUCAUAUUGGAAUGGUUUGUUAAACAUAUUAAGUGUGAAAGAUCUUGUUGGAUGAAGAACUCCUAGAGUGAAGGAUGUAAAAAUAAAUGUGAUAUGAGAUCUUAACAAGUCCUAUGUUAAGGAUUCAUUUGUUACAAUCUGUUUUCAUUGUAUUCUGAAUUAUUUGGUACUAUUUAGUAAAGUAAUGUUUGUUCUUUUCCGGUGGAAA